AUGGCUGAUACCCUUACUGAAGAGCAGGUCUCGGAGUUCAAGGAGGCAUUCUCUCUGUUUGACAAGGACGGCGAUGGCCAAAUCACCACCAAAGAGCUGGGCACUGUCAUGCGCUCCCUCGGCCAAAACCCGUCUGAAUCGGAGCUUCAAGAUAUGAUCAACGAGGUAGACGCCGACAACAAUGGCACGAUUGACUUUCCCGAGUUCCUCACCAUGAUGGCCCGGAAAAUGAAGGACACCGACUCCGAGGAAGAGAUCCGAGAGGCUUUCAAGGUCUUUGACCGCGACAACAAUGGCUUUAUCUCUGCCGCCGAGCUGCGUCACGUCAUGACCUCGAUUGGUGAGAAGCUGACUGACGACGAGGUUGAUGAAAUGAUUCGCGAGGCUGAUCAGGAUGGCGAUGGCCGAAUUGAUUAUAACGAAUUUGUCCAGCUCAUGAUGCAAAAGUAA